AUGACGCAUUCAGAAGUGUUAAACAUUGCGAUCACAGUCGCUGCUUGUCAGAUCUUUCUUGAUUUAGCUUGUAACCACCUGGUUUACAAGAAAGAUCCCUACAAACGCGCAUGCAGUGCGUUGGAGAGAGCGAGUUGGAAGAAGAAAAAAGCUGAAGAAGAUCUGGCCAAGAAUCCCAAGAAGAACGCAAAGAGACACCAGCGUGCCUCUGACGAUUAUGACGCUGCACGCGCAGUUGUCGUUUCUAAGCAUACAUUCCCAAACUUUCUCUCUUCUCUAUUUUUUGUUAUUUUGCUGAGAAUCUUGGGAGCGGAGAAUAAGGGAAAAGUAAUAGCCGUUCUACCUUUUCAGCCUUGGAAGCUAUUAGCACGUCUUUCGAGAAGAGGUUUGGACUUUUCCACAAUGCCCACAGGAUUCAUAGAAGCUUCUUCCGUGACUUUCGAACAAGGAGCGUCUUAUCUUUUUAUCUACUUCCUUAGUACUAUGAGUGUGAAAUUCUAUUGUAACAAGCUUGUGGGAACCAAGCCGCCUCGCGGCGCUGAUGGUGGUAUCUUUUCAGUGAUGGAUUCACCUCAGGGGAGAAAAAUGGCUCAAGCUAUGGGCGUUGAUCCUGACGACUUGAAAUUUGACUAA